AAAAAAACCCGAGCAUCCUUUCUUACCUCCCCCCCCCACCUCCCCCUGCUGGAGUCUCACGGGUACCGCGGAGGGGAAGUCCUCCGCGCCCUCGGCAUGAAAAUGAUGGCAGGAGUCGUGCACCAGAACGGCAUCUUUCCCUCGGCAGCUCCUCAGCAGCAGCAAGGGGGGCCCCAGCCGCAGCAGCAGCAGCAGCCCCCCCAAGCCCCUCCGCAGUCCCACAUGGAUUCGGAUCCUCCCGACUCUAGGAAAAGGCCCCUGGAGACCCCUACCGAAGCCAUCAGCACCAAGAGGAGCAACACGGGAGAGGAUGGCGAGUACUUCCUCAAGGUCCUGAUCCCCAGCUAUGCUGCCGGAUCCAUCAUUGGCAAAGGAGGCCAAACGAUUGUCCAACUGCAGAAAGAAACCGGAGCCACUAUCAAGCUCUCCAAGUCCAAGGACUUCUACCCAGGGACCACAGAGCGGGUGUGUCUGGUUCAAGGCACAGCGGAAGCCCUCAACGCCGUCCACAACUUCAUUGCCGAAAAGGUCCGGGAGAUCCCCCAGUCCGUAGUGAAGCCGGAAUCGGUCAAUAUCCUGCAGCCUCAGACAACCAUGAAUCCUGACCGAGCCAAGCAGGCCAAGGUGAUUGUUCCCAACAGCACAGCCGGGCUGAUCAUCGGCAAAGGCGGGGCCACGGUCAAGGCCAUCAUGGAGCAGUCUGGAGCCUGGGUGCAGCUGAGCCAGAAGCCCGAGGGCAUCAACCUUCAGGAACGUGUGGUGACCAUAAGCGGCGAGCCCGAGCAGAUCCACAAGGCGGUGGACAUCAUCGUGCAGAAGAUCCAGGAGGACCCUCAGAGCAGCAGCUGCCUCAACAUCAGCUAUGCCAACAUCGCUGGUCCCGUGGCCAACUCCAACCCGACCGGAUCCCCUUACGCCAACUCCACGGACGUGCUGCCCGCCGCCGCGGCCGCAGCCACCGCUUCGGGCCUGCUGGGCCACACCAGCCUCGCCGGGGUGGGAGCGUUCCCGGCCGCUCUGCCGGGCUUCUCCGGCAGUGACCUUUUGGCCAUCAGCACGGCUCUCAACACCUUGGCGAGCUACGGAUACAACACCAGCUCUCUGGGGCUCGGCCUCAACUCAGCCGCCGCCUCCGGUGUGCUGGCCGCCGUGGCCGCCGGCGCGAAUCCAGCCGCCGCCGCCGCCGCCAACCUCUUGGCUUCCUACGCCAACGAAGCGUCCACCAGUACCACCACCCCAGCCGGCGCCGUGGGGGCCUUUACAUUGGGUUCCUUAGCCGCGGCCACCGGGGCCGCCAAUGGCUACUUGGGGACAGCCUCUCCGCUGGUGGCCAGCUCCUUCUUGGCCACGGAGAAGCUGGUGGAAAGCGCCAAAGAUAUGGUGGAGAUUGCCGUGCCGGAGAACCUAGUGGGCGCCAUUUUGGGGAAAGGCGGCAAGACGUUGGUGGAGUACCAGGAGCUCACGGGCGCCCGCAUCCAGAUUUCCAAAAAGGGGGAGUUUAUCCCGGGUACUAGGAACCGUAAAGUCACCAUCACAGGCACUCCGGCCGCUACUCAAGCGGCGCAGUAUCUUAUCAGCCAGCGAGUAACGUAUGAGCAAGGAGUCCGAGCCACCAAUCCGCAGAAAGUGGGAUAAGAGAAAGCCGGAGGGAAGUCUGGGGGAAGGAGUAGAAGUCAAGUCAAUUCUUUAAUCAUUAAAAUUGUAACCUACCCAACACCA